AUGGCACCCAUCAAGGUCGGUCUAGUUGGCUAUGGCUUCAGCACAAAGUGUUUUCACCUCCCGUACAUCCUUCCCAAUACCGAUCUCCAAGUUUAUGCCUUUCUUCAGCGAGCCGAGGCGCCGCCAAAGGGCUCAGGGGUUGAGCCACAGCAUGCAGACGGCAAGAUGGCCAUCCGAGGCGGGCACUGCACCGUUGAAUUCCCUGACGCCAAGCACUACAGAACCGUCGACGAGUUCUUUGGUGACCAAGACAUUGAGCUCGUGGUGAUUUGUACGCCGAACCAUGAAGAGUUCGUUGAAGGUGCUCUGAACUCUGGAAAGCAUGUUGUCGUCGAGAAGCCAUUUGUCACUACUAGCCAGGCCGCAGACAGACUGAUCAAGCUCGCCAAGGAGAAGAAGCGGAUCCUGACUGUUUUUCACAAUCGCAGGUUCGACAGCGAUUUUCUUACCUUGAAGCACCUGCUGUCCGAGCACGCCCUUGGUGAUGUACGGGAUGCGCAGAUUCAUUUUGACUUUCCUGAUCCCAGCUGGAUCGGAGGCUGGACUCGGAAGGAGUACGUGCCUGGGGAGGGGAUGGCGUUUGGACUAGGGUCGCACACAAUCGAUCAAGCUCUCGCCUUGUUUGGCGCCCCUUCCUUCGUCACCGGUUUCUUUGCCUCAAACAGGGGCGUCGACAGUGAUGUGGACGACACUUUCACUAUUGUGAUGCAGUACACGGCAAACAAUACCAACCAAAACCUGCUCGUGACGGUCAAGACAUCCAUCAUCACACCCAUGCGGGACCAGCUCAAGUUCUUCGUCAGGGGCACCAAGGGUACCUAUCUCAAGUUCGGCUACUGUCCACAAGAAGCCCGCGCCAUAGCGAAUCCGGGAAGACCAGCACCCGACGACCACGGCGUUGAGGACAAACGAGCGUGGGGUGAUCUGUCGACCAAGACCCAGUUCGAUGCUGCAUCGCAAACCUUUGAUCAAGACAGCAAGCUGUGGAUCGGCAAAUACCCCAGCUUGCCGGGCUACUGUCGCGGUUACUAUGAGAAUGUGGUCCAUGCCAUUCGCGGCAGUGCACAUGUUGAAGUGAGCCCUGAGACGGCGCGAGAUGGGCUGAGAGUCAUCGAGCUGGCGAGGCACUCGCAUGAGAAAGGGGUCAAGGUACCUUGGUCUUGA